AUGGCAAAUGUUUCACGUUUGUCUCCAACAAAAUCACACUUCUUACAGCCUCUUAUUCCCGGUUUUCAGAACCACCUGAACAUUCCUGUGAAGUUUUUCUCCGAGCACAUCGUCGGGAAACAUGAGGGAAGAAGUGUAAAUUUGGUAUCAGAUGCGUCAGAGAAAACAUGGAAAGUGAAGAUGGAAGGCCAUAGACUUACUGACGGUUGGAAACAGUUCGUCGAGGCGCAUGACCUUCGAGUUGGUGACUUCGUUGUAUUUAGACACGAAGGAGACAUGUUGUUCCAUGUCACUGCUUUAGGAUCUAGUUGCUGUGAGAUUCAAUACGCACAGCCUCACUGCCAUGAAGAAGACGAAGAGAUUAACGAAACUGAAAUAUCUUCGAGAUCUGAGAAGCAUGUUGAGGAGAAUGUGAAAACAGAAUCUGAUCUCAACUGUUUUAGCCUAUCUGUGACAGAUUCAAACCUAUCAAGAGAUACAGUGUGUGUCCCAAUAAAUUUCGCAAGGCGAUACGGUUUAGACAAAGAAAGGCAAGAGAUAGUUUUGAUGAACAACGAAGGGAAGUCAUGGGAAUCAGUAGUAAAGAGCUGGGGUGGUUGUAGGCUUUCCAUUGUUCGAGGUUGGACAAGUUUUUGCAAUGCAAAUAAACUAGAAGUUGGAGAUACAUGCACAUUUAGACUGCUCCCAAACACGGCGGAAACGCCUGUGUUUAAGCUCUGCAGCCGUAUAAUGUCGGAGAGGAUUGUCCAGUCCGCGGAAGGUUGCAUCGAUGGCAAAACUGGAGGAAACCGGUUUGUGAAGUUAACUCUUACACGAAACAGCCUUCACCUUGGUAAACAGCAUCUACCGGUAAGUUUCACGAGAAAUAACAGACUCAUCAAUCCGGGGAAGAUAAUUCUGGUGGACAAAAACAGAGCUGAAUGGCCGAUGAAGCUUAAUGUUGACAAAAGUACUCGUUUGAUGUAUAUUAUUAGUGGCAAUGGUUGGAAAAGUUUCUGUGCCGCCAAUGAAAUAGGUGCAGGGGAGUCUCUAACUUUGGAGUUGAUUCAAGGAGGGAAAAUUCCUUUGCUCAAGUUCGUCUCAAAGAUGGAACAACCACCAGUUGAAGCAGAGGCUCGGAAACGCAAGAGAGCUCGAGUCAAAAGAUGGAGCCAGGAGACUGAACCGAAUGUUGAGAUGAGAGAGAAGGCAGCUGAGGAAUUAGGAGAACCCUCUCGAGCAUCUCACAAAUCCAGUGGUAAUCCAGAAAACUUGCAGCAUACGCAAGCUUGCUCUGUCUCAAAUCAGGUGGCUAAGGUGAAGCAGAGCGUUGUUGAUGCUUUAACUAGUGUAAAAAGGUUUAUGGCAGAACUCGAGACAACGGAGCAGAAGCUAGAAAUUUCAUUGCAGGAAAUCAACAACCUAGGCCUACUCAGUUUCCUUACAAGUUUUUAUGAUGGCACAGAGAGAGGAGAAGACAAUGGGAAUAAAACUUCAUCUUCAAGUAAACCCGGGGAAACAUCAGUUAAAGGUCAGCCAACAUCUGAGAAGCAAAGUACUCUUCCAGUACUUCCAACAGAAUAUGGUCCCCUACUGGCGGCAUAG